AUGGCCUCCCAGAAAAUUGCCAUCCUGUCCGUCUAUGACAAGACUGGGCUUCUUGAUCUCGCCAAAGGCCUGAUCAAGCAAAAUGUCCGACUUUUAGCGUCUGGCGGCACGGCAAAAUUGAUCCGAGAGGCUGGCUUCGAUGUCGAGGAUGUAUCGGCAAUCACUAAAGCACCCGAGAUGCUCUCUGGCCGUGUCAAGACUCUUCACCCAGCAGUGCACGCUGGUAUCUUGGCACGGAACCUCGCCUCAGACGAGAAAGACCUGGCCGACCAAAAUAUCAACAAGGUGGAUUAUGUGGUGUGCAAUCUGUACCCAUUCAAGGACACUGUUGCCAAGGUCAACGUCACCAUCCCGGAAGCCGUGGAGGAGAUUGACAUCGGCGGUGUCACCCUGAUCAGAGCUGCCGCUAAAAACCAUUCACGUGUCACCAUCCUCAGCGAUCCCCAGGACUACCCUAAUUUCUUGCAAGAGCUUGAAAAGGGCGACAUCCCUGUGGAAACUCGCCAGAGAUACGCUCUCAAGGCUUUUGAGCACACCGCCGACUACGAUGCCGCCAUCGCAGACUUCUUCCGCAAGCAAUAUGCUGGGAACGGAGUCCAACAGCUCUCGCUACGCUACGGCGCCAACCCUCAUCAAAAGCCAGCUGCUGCUUUUGUGCGCCAUCGGAAUCUUCCCUUCAAGGUUCUGGGUGGAUCUCCGGGAUACAUCAAUCUGCUUGAUUGUUUGAAUGCUUGGCCACUUGUCAAGGAGCUCAAAGAAGCACUUGGUCUGCCAGCAGCUGCCAGCUUCAAACACGUUUCGCCCGCUGGUGCCGCCAUUGGCGUACCGCUGAAUGAGACCGAACGUAAGGUGUACAUGGUGGAUGAUAUUGCUGGAAUUGAAAGUUCCGCUCUCGCCCAGGCGUACGCCAGAGCACGCGGUGCGGACCGCAUGUCCAGUUUCGGUGAUGCCAUCGCGCUUUCUGAUAUCUGUGAUGUUCCCACAGCGAAGAUCAUCUCUCGAGAAGUGUCCGAUGGUGUUAUUGCGCCUGGGUACGAGCCUGAGGCUUUGGAGAUCCUCAAGAAGAAAAAGGCUGGCAAGUACCUCGUUCUGCAAAUGGACCCGGAGUAUGAACCUCCUUCUCAAGAGUCCCGAACAGUCUAUGGCGUUACACUCACGCAAGGGCGCAACGACGUUAAGAUCUCGCCCACCGAGACCUUCAACUCCGUCAUCCGCCCGAAGAACUCCCCUAAACGGUCUGAGUCUGCGUUGCGUGACCUCACUGUGGCAACCAUUGCCGUCAAAUACACCCAGUCCAACUCUGUUUGCUAUGCUCUGAAUGGACAGGUCAUUGGCCUGGGUGCUGGUCAGCAAAGCCGCAUCCACUGCACGCGCUUGGCCGGCGACAAAGCCGACAAUUGGUGGAUGAGGUUCCACGAGCGCACUCUUUCUAUCGAGUGGGCUAAAGGAGUCAAGAGACCGGAGAAGUCUAAUGCCAUUGACAUGCUAUGUUCCGGUCAGGUGCCGCCACAGAGCGAGUUCGAGACCAAAGACUAUGAGCGCAGCUUUGCCGAAGGACAUGUUCCAAAGCCGUUCACUCCAGAAGAGAGAAGAGAAUGGCUGUCGAAAUUGAGUGAGGUCGCUGUCUCAAGUGAUGCCUUUUUCCCAUUCGUUGACAACGUAUACCGGGCGGCCAGGAGCGGCGUGAAGUACAUUGCUGCGCCUACUGGUUCCCAAAAUGAUGGCGCUGUUUUUGAUACGGCAGAGAAUCUGGGUAUCACGUUCAUUGAGCAAAGUACUCGUCUGUUCCAUCACUAG